AUGGAAUGUGCAUUAGCAAAAGUUGCUGACCAUUGGUCAGGAUUAGAUACGUGUGAUAAAUCACUUAAAGCGUCAAUCAAUGAUGUAACACUUUCCCUAACGAUGCCACUAAAAUUGAGAAAAAAGAAAAAAUCUCCAACAGCUCCCAAGGAGGACAUCAAUGUUGGCACAUCUUUGAAGGGUAUAGAAAAGCCCGAGGAAGUAGUAUCGCCUUUCCCAAGGAAACUGUCUACAGUUUCUAUGGAGGGUGUUGAGUCCACCGAAAUUGCCCCAUCUACGAAAGACAGAGAGGUUACUUCAACCACUCCAAGCAUUGAAGAAAUCAAAAGGUGGAAGCCAGCUGAUAUUAUAAAUUUUUUACAAAAGAAAAAAGAAGAUCUUGACCUAGAUGAUGAGGAUAUUGAAAUAAUCAGAAUGAAUAAGGUAGCCGGUCAAGCAUUCCUUCUUCUAACCGAAGAAAAUCUCCUAAAUAAACCCUAUAAUCUUGUUGGCGGUCCAGCAAAAUCAAUCGCGUAUUUGAUUGAAACUCUCAAGGGCGGAGAAGUGACGCUAAAGCGUAAAUAUGAAUUACUAGAAGAUUUAAGUAAUAUUAUAGAAAGUGCGGUAGAUAAAUCGGUAGAGAAAUCGAUAGAGAAAGCAUUUUCCCAGCAAAAGCCUAAUAUUAUCUCAGUAUCAAAGCUUUCCGAAACAAUGAUGAAAAAAAUUAUUGAUGAUAUUGGAAUAAAGACUGCAAAUUUAUCGGUGGAAGACUUUCUACCACUUGAAACUGUGUCAUGCGAACUAUUCAGAUGGGAUAUAGAAAAGGAGGAAGCUCAUCACAUGCAAGAUGUUGAGAAAUGGUUUAAGAAUGUACUGAUGCUACCAAGGAAUUUCCACGUGAAAGAUGUUCACAAACAAAAAACAUUGGAAGAUUUUAAAGAGGGUCAAGUCAUAGGAGAAUUAUUCUUAAUAGAUAAACUCCAUCUGACAAAUGCAAUGACCGUCUUAACGGAUUGCAAUGAUAAUUGGAUAAUUUACUUCUUCAUGAAAAUAAAAGAUGAACAAUACAUAGCAACGUCUAGAAUUAAUAAUAGUCAUACCGCUUUGGCGAUAAUUAAACAGUUUGUGCUUGAAGAAGGACAAAAUUUUCACAAGUGGAUAGGAAAAGACAUCACUUAUCAGGUAAACUUGCCUGCGUCUCUUAAAAAAAAAACAAAAUUCUUCGAAAGCAUAACUGAAGCAGAUGAUGCCAGAAUCGCAGACAUGGUUGGCGACAUGUCAAAACAAGAAUUAUUCAACAUGACAGUUCAAAAAAAGUUAAUGUUAGUGAGAGAUUACUGUAGAUUGGAUGAACAGCCACAAGUGGAUCAACUUAUUAGGCAGUUUA